ACUUAAAAAUAAUAUUAAAUAUGUACUUUUGUUUCAACAUUUAAUGUCACGACUCACGUACUCUAUGCUAAUAUUACAAUAACGCGACAAGGGACAAAAUUGGAAACAAGAAAAAAGAGAUAACUGCGCACGAAGAACGGGUCUCAAGCUCUCCGACAAGACAUGCGCACCACAAAUUUAUUUAGUCUUCGUAUAUAAACUCUCCAUUUCCAAAACCUUCCCAAUCUUCUUCUUCUUCCUCAAAAACAAAACCAUGAGACCUGCACAAGAUAAUCAAGGCUCGUUCCUUGGCCGGAUCAGUAUCCGUCGCAACCAGUUCGUUGACGUCAACAACGAACAAGAACAAGAAGACCUCGAGCUUUUCCAAAAACACAUCGCCGAUCGUUUCACCGAUCUUCUCUCUCCUACUCCUCCUCCUCAUCAACCUCCACCGUCCGAUGAAACGAACACCGUUGCUCCCGUAGCCGCCACGGAGCAGAUUAUGUCCGUGACCUGGCUUCGUAAGCUAAUGGAUGUUUUCCUCUGUUGCGAAGCUGAAUUCAAAGCGAUUCUCUUAAUGGGCCGUGACCCAACCCAGAUUUCUAAACCGCCUUUUGACCGGUUAGUUCCUGAAAUGUUAGACCGGUCGAUUAAAGCGCUUGAUAUCUGUACCGCCGUUGUUAACGGAAUCGAUUCCGUUAGACAUUACCAGCGAUUAGCUGAGAUCGCUGUAACGGCUUUGGAGCAACGUCCGUUAGGUGACGGUAACGUGAGAAGAGCGAAACGCGCGUUGGCGAAUCUCGUCGUCGCGUUGAGUCUCGAGGAUAAAGAGAAUGUCAGCGGCGGUGGCGGUGGCGGCGGCGGAGGGAACAAGACGACGGAGAGAUCGUGGUCGUUCGGUCGUCGUAGCGGUGGAUCAUCGGCGGCGAGUAAAGGAGGAGCGACGAUUGGUCAGCUUAAAUCGUCGUCGUGGGCGGUGGGGAGAAAUUGGUCGGCGGCGAAACAGAUCCACGCGAUGACGGCGAAUCUAACGCCGCCACGUGGUAACGAAGCGGCGGGAUUGCCGCAACCGAUGUUUAUAAUGAGCACGGUGAUGGUGUUCGUAAUGUGGGUGUUAACGGCGGCGGUUCCGUGUCAGGAGAGAUCUGGAUUAGCGAAUCAUUUACCUGUGCCGCCGAAACAUUUGAGUUGGGCUCAGAGUUUGAUCGGAAUCCAUGAGAAGAUCGGAGAUGAGUGGAAAAAGAAAGAGAAGAAAGGAUCCGCUGGGUUAAUGGAGGAGAUGACGAGGAUGGAGAAGCUUGGUCACUCGUUGAUUGAAUUCGCCGAUGGAUUUCAUUAUCCGGCGGAGAAAGAUGCUUCUGAAUCUGCGGCGGCGCAAGUGGCGGAGAUGGCGGAGAUAUGCCGGAGAAUGGAGGAGGAGCUUGUGCCGUUACAGCAACAGAUCAGAGAAGUUUUCCAUAGGAUCGUGAGGAGUCGUGCGGAGAUUUUGGAGGUGUUGGAGCAAGCCGGGAAAGUUUCGGCGCCAGUUGUGUAAAAGUUUUGAAUUAUUGGGGAUCAAUUUCGAAGUUUUGUAAUUCUUUGAGGGCUAAUAGGAUAUUUUUUGUUUCUUCUAUUGUUUGCUUUUCUACUUAUUAUUGGGCUUUUUAGAACUCUGGACGGGCCUAUGUCAUAUGUCUUCCCUUCUUUCUUAUAUUUUUUCCAAUUUUUUUUUU